CAGGAUGCGUACCAUGGUUGUGCGAGUCGUCGAAGAACAGCAUGGAACUUCUCUUCAUGUUCACUGGUUGGUUGUUUGCAAAGGACGGCACGAAGUCCACCUCUUUUUCUUGUCACUGCAAUGCGUUGGGAUUUGAGUUUGACUUCAGCAGAUCGGAGCAGCGAUUGCUGGCUGUGGCAAAUACGACUCUGCGCAAGGAAGAACUUGUAAGACAGAUUACUGCAGCUCUUGACACACUUGACAAACAGGAAUGCCUCAUGCUGAGGGGCAGGCUUGGUUUUGCUGACAGCUUCCUUCAUGGAAGAGUUGGGAAGCUGGUGCUGAAGAAGUUGAUUGACCAUGCGUAUGGAAAAAGUAGUCGCAUGGAUGGUGAACUCAAAACUGCUUUGUUGGCGAUGAGGACACGGCUACAGCAAGCGGGCCAUAAACUUGUCUCAGCAAAGCGUUUUUCUCAAUGGUUCAUUUACUCAGACGCGAGCUACGAGCCGACGGAUGGCACCGGUGGUUUGAGUGCUGUGCUGGUAAAUGCAGAAGCCCAGGCUGGAUCCAUUCCGGGGCAGCCGCUAUUCAGGCUUCAUCCGACCAUCGAAAUCAACGCUUGGGCUGCAGUCUUUGAUCGGCUUGGAUUCUCCCUCCGUGUCUUUGAGCGCUUCUCAGAGCUGAUGAAACGAUGGGAUCUCAACAAUUUCUCAGUGCACUUGUGGCAGUGCUCUGGGUAUAUGGUGCUAUUGGAUCUGGCUGAGGGGCCCAUUGCUGGACCAGGCCCUGCAGACUACAAGGUGUCAGAUGCUGAGACCAUCAACAGCAAGCUGCUUCUCCGCAGGAACAAGUCGCCUGUUCGCGUGAAGAUAGGUGAAGCGGAGCGACGUGAGCCAGUGAUUGACCUCCCACGGCCCAUCUAUGGUGGCGUGCGGGAACUGCCCCAGGCACCACGAGUGAUCUUCGAUCGCGCUCCCAAGGAGAGCCCGAGAUUGGAAGUGGCCGGGCGCUUCGCGUUUCACAGCAACGGUGACCUCUUCCUGAGGCCGCAAUCCCCUCGGAUCGUGUUCCCAACUGCGAAGGCGCAACGAGGUGAUGCCGAUCGCUGUCGAACCAGCCCACCCCUUCGCAACUGUCGAUGA